AACGAAGCUGCUGGUAUCCAAUUAACCUUUUAAGAUUCCUGUUUUUGUAAGCGCCUGUGAGUAAAUAUUAAGGGUUACUUAAAAAGUGCUAGAAAUAGGGCUAGUAUGAAAUAACAAAAAAGGGAGUGGAAAAUACUUGCUAAAAAAGUGUUACUUCUAAUAACAUGAAAAAGGAUGCGUCUUAUUGCAUAUACUAGGAUUGGGAAUACAAGGUUGGAUGGGCAUACCUACAGUUGCUACCGGCAAAUGUUUAUGGUAAGCCGUUUACGCUCAUUUACGAAUCCAGAAGUCUUUUGAAGGACUCAACUGAUGUAGCUGUGGCUACUUCCUUCGGUAGAGCGUUCCGUAAGUUACAUACUCUAUGUGAGAAGUUUGAUCUUGCUCUCGUCUUCGCCCUAUGAUGGUGUAUGCAUGUGGGUCCCCGCGAGGCUUGGCUUUGGACCGAUAAUGUUGACCUAUUUAGGUGGUCUACUUGGUGGAUAAUCUUAUUGGCUGUUAUCAGGUCACGUCGUUCCCUUCCACAGCUUAAUGUUAACAAGUUGAGUUAUCUGAAGCGUUACUUAUUUGUUUUGCCUGUUAGUUUGACAAGCGACCAUGUCGCCCUUCUCUGUACUUUCUCGAUAGUGCUAGCGUCUCUCCUUAGUGAAGGAAUGAAGGGCUGUCACUUUGAAUACCUGUAGAUGUGGCCUAACAUAGUUUUUAAAUGCUGAGGAAUUAUUCCUAAGUUAGUUUUCUAAGCUGCUUUCUUAGAAAUUGCGUGUCUGCAUUCGUCCUUGCUGCCAUUCCGUUAUAGUUGACACCUGUAUCAGAGUUUAGUUCUGCUCUGUGGUUACCUUGAUGACUGCGCACUUGUUGAGAAUGUAACUAGUUUCAUCGCUCACGGUGUGCAAAGACACAUCACCUUUAUUUCUUCAGGUUAAAGCGGACUGGUAUGAACUGUGGCAACUCGGACCGCUACGCAGUAAUGUCUGGUCCUAUGCUGAUAUUGAUGAUGACGACUGUCUAUCUUACAGGCAUGGUUAGUGUUGUCAACAGAAUUCAGUGACUAGUUUUCUAAAGUUGCCAAGACGUUCCUCUAUUCGACCUUGAAUAUGCGAACGAUAUCGUCUUAUUGUGCGGUAAUACACAGGCUAUUCAAACCCCAUUUAAUCAGUUGGUGAUUAGUUUAUUUCUCCACAAUAUUAUUAUACUAUUUUACAUGGAACAUUUCUUGGCACCCUUGCUGUAUCAUGUUCUAGUAAAUAAAUCAAUAAUCCUGUAGUUAGGAGGGUGUUAAGUGAUCAUUUAGCCCCUUUUUCAUUUCUCUUUCCAGACUGAUGGUUGAACAAACACUAUGAAUCAUUUUACAUCAAGUGAUGAAACCGAUUUGUGCGAAUUUCCUUUCUUUCAAUCCUCUCUCGAUGAAGAACAAUCAGCUGUUCAUAGUGAUUGUGAUACUGCAAAAUUAGGAUCACUUCUCAGUUUCAAUAUGUUCGGAACAUGUUCUUUAAGAAAUGUUAAGCAUAUUAUACGUCAGAAUCGAUGUCUAAAACCUUUACGACUUCAUUUGUUAAAGUCUAUUCUUGAAGUAUGCAGAGCUGCUGGCGUAGAACCAUUUGUUUACGGUGGUACAGCUUUAUCAGUUUUUCGUGAGAAUGGAAAAUUUAUACCUCAUGAUACAGAUAUUGACCUCGGUAUACUAGAAUAUGAUACCGAAGGAAAAGGCGUAUAUACUAAACUAAUGCACUACUGCCUACAAAAUGGUAUAAGUAUUAAUGGAGUAGGGAAUUUAGAAGAUUCUAUACUAGUCAGUACAGAUUCUGAUUUAUAUGUGGAUUUCUCAGCCAGUGUUAGCAAACGUGUAUGGCUUACAGCAAAGCAAUUCAAUGUAGAAGAAAGUGUUGAAGAACUAUCGUAUGAUGGAGUUGAUUGCAAGCGAAUAAAAUUUUUCUACAGUAAUAAUGGUUUAUUAAAAGCUUGUAAAUUAUUCAAUAUGAAGAUGAGAAUUGUUAGACACAUCCUUUCUGAUCCAUGUUUAGUACAUGUUGACCUAUUCACCUUAUCUAUACAUCCAAGUGAUUCAUCAAAGGAACAGAGUUUACUUGUCAAUUGGAAUUUACCCGGUAUAUAUGAUUGUAAAAAGAAGUUAUUCCCGUACACUUCAUUCUUCCCUCUAACCUGUUGUCUGUUUGAAGAUAUUAGCUUAUUGGCACCGAAUAAUUUACAAAGCUAUUUAAGCAUAGAAUAUGGUUAUUUGGGACGUGAUGCAGUUUAUGAUUGUAAAAACCAAUUGUAUAUGAAAAUAUCUUCAGAUUAUUCUCAAUGA